CAUGUGAUAUCUCCUUGCAGCCAAUAUCAUCUACCCCGGUACUGGUACUAGUUUUUGUGUGGACGAUCUGUUCAAUUUCAUCACUAACUCAAAUAUUCAGGUUGCUUUCUUCUUCUUUUUUUAUUGAAAAAAAUCCAGGUUUCUGCUGGUGCCAAUCUUGAGAAUAUGCAAGUUAAAGCAAGAAAAAAGAGAGCAGCAGCAGAGAUGCUGGAGUUUAACUAUAGCAGUUUAAAAUGCAUAAUCCAGGCGUGAUUCAAAACUUGCAGCUUGAAGAUUUCAGCGGUGGAGUUGCAUAUAUGAUUGAUAGAUGACAAGCUGCAAGAAAAGAGAUGAGGUCCGGACAACACUGGAGCAUGAUAAUUAAGACCUUAGGUUAGUCGAUAUCGAACAAAGUCACCGAGGUGUCUCUUAGACCUUGGUGUGUCGAUCUCGAACAAUGUCUCCAAGAUGUCUCCUCGCAGAUUUCAUCUUUAUAUUUGAUACUUUCUCCAUAUGAAAUCUACAUCUUCCUUGCUUUCUCUGAAUAUUGGUUAACGUCGUCCUCUGCUUAAUUUUCCAUUCUAGCAAAGCUAUGGAAGCCAAUAGGAUCGAGCUGGAUCCAUCUGGCCAAGAACUCGAAGGCAGAACUAUCGCAGGGGAGAUCUCAUCCGUGAAUCAUCGAACACCCUGCCCAUCAGCUCCACCUACAGAAGGAAGAGGUAAAAGCAAUGAUCAGAAAAGACAAAGCAAGAGGGAAAUUGAUAAGAGAUACAACGAGAACAGGAAGCAAAAGGAGGAUGAGAUUAUGAAAGAGCUCGAAAGCCUGGAAAAAUUUUCUGGUGAAUUAGAGCGUGAAAAUGACGAGUUAGAACGCCAAGAAAAUCAGUUGGAGGCCACUGUACAUAUGGAAUAUGAAAAAAUUGUUAGCCUGUUGGAGGACAAUAAUGCAGGACAAAAUAUUGAUGUGCAGGGGCCAAGCAUGCAUGCCGGUUUUCCAAAUGCAAAUGCAGAUAUCAAUGCUACUGGAGAAAUAUCAAUGGGUCAUGAUGGGCUUAAAAGAGAAAUGAACCAAGCCCCGAUCACGAGCAAUGCAGGUACUUUCUCUCUCGAGAGCGCAUCCAUGAAUCUUCAACUUGCAGGAAGUUCUGGCUUAACUGAUAUGCGAGUAAUUAAGAAAAGGAUAGCUGACAAAAAAUGCCGUGAAAAAAGGAAGCGUACGAUAAAUAAAGCCCAGGAAAGGAUUAAAGAACUUCGAAUAAAAAAUUAUGAGCUACAGCUACAGAUCGUCAAAUCAAAGGCAAAAGCAACUCAGUUGCAAAAACAGCUCGCUCAAUCUCGCAACAUCAGUGCGCUGAUGACUUCCAAAAAUGCUAGAAGAAAUGCUCUGCUGGAACAGUUUUUGAAUGAUUAUGUGCUGCAAAACUCUGGCCAUGGAAACACACCUUUCAACACACAGCUGCAAAACUAUUCUCAGGGAAUCACACCUUUCAACGCACAGCUGCAAAACACCGGUCAGGGAAGCACAUCUUUCAGCACACAGCUGCAAAACUAUGGUCAUGGAAUUACACCUUUCAAUACACAGCUGCCAUGCUUUGAUACAGGGGAUCAGGGAAACACAUCUUUCGACGAGGAUUUGAACUGGCUCAUGGAAUGGCCGGGGACAUUGCCUCAGUCGAAAGUCAUAAACUGGAGUAGAAUUAGUUGAACACCCUGCACAUGAUGAGGUGGCUGCAAUCAGGGCAGCGCACGACCCGGAGUUGUGUACAUAUAUAGGAGACCGAAGGGCAGUCCCUUGUUGAUCCGGUCUUUGAUGUUGAUGACUUUAACAGUUUUGAUAACUGAGACACUUGAGAAUAUGCGCUGACAUAUGCAUGGAGACAACAGCAGCUGCAUGAUGAGAAGAGGGAAAGCAGGGAGAUACUGGAAGAUUGUUUACUGGCUUUGUUUUUUUAUCUAGUUUUUCUUGAAGAUUUUGGGAGAUACUGUCAUGGCUUUUCUUGUUUGUUUUAUUUUCUUGAUUGUGAUUUUGGAAGUACUCUGAUUCUAAGUUAUGUGUGGUUAAAUUGAAGUUUUUGAAAUUAAAAUCUUCUUUCGUAUCAUUGAUUUAAAGGAAUUGCUGAUUAUAUAACACGAAACCUUUCAGCUA